CUACUCUCUUCUCUGAGGUUAUAUAAACCUCAUUCUCACUAGCAUACUAAGCAUAAUAGUACGCAGAGACAAGAGAGAGAUAGAGAGAAAAGAGAGAGAUAGAGAAAUGAUGAGAGUUGUGUUACCACUAUGCCUGCUUCUUGCUUCCAUAUUUGCAUGGGGUUCUGAAGCAGCCAUAUCUUGCAACGCCGUACAGGCCAACCUUUACCCGUGCGUUGUGUACGUGGUGCAGGGAGGAGCCAUUCCGUAUAGCUGUUGCAAUGGCAUCAGGAUGCUCAGCAAACAGGCAACUAGCGCAUCAGACAAACAAGGUGUGUGUCGCUGCAUCAAGUCUGUGGUGGGAAGAGUGUCUUACUCGUCAAUCUAUCUCAAGAAAGCUGCUGCUUUGCCAGGCAAGUGCGGUGUCAAACUUCCUUACAAGAUCGACCCUUCCACCAACUGCAACAGCAUUAAGUGAGAGAAAUAAGUUACGGGAACGACCAAGAAUAAAGGACAUGUAUUUCGUCUAAUGUAACCGGAGUUUAGUGCUUUUCAGCUUCUUACUAAUAUAUGUGUAAUGCACCAAUCAAAUAUAAUCUAUAGACUAUUUAUCUACAUCUCUUUUUCCCCUUAUAAGUCGCAUCCUUUGUUUCUACGGCAAAUUAAGUCUUGAUUGAUUUUAUUUCUUUGGACCUUUUGGUAGUUUAAUCCACC